AUGGACCAAGAUGAUAACCAAAAAUCAGAUAACAAACGCCGUCAGUCUUUAAGUAUUGACAAGGCUGCGUUUCUAUUGCUCCGAAUUAAGCGGGUGUUCAAAAAAAGAAGUCAAAGUCAACAAAUUGAAAAAAGAGAUAAAGAGGGACCACGUGGACAACAACCACCUCCGCUAUUGCGAUCGAGUACCUUGCCUGCCAUUAUUGUACCUGGGCUCAACAUUUUACAUGCUCAAAUUGGACCAAAUUCCACACCAAACGGUAUAGUUUUUAUUUCUUAUUUAUAUGGUAUAAGUACAAUGUAG